ACAUACAUAUAUUAGGUCACUUUUUGUUUUUACGGACUUCAGACCUGAGUGUCUAUACUAGUAGGCCUCUGGUCGUCCACCCCAUUCUGCUUUGUACAUACAUGUAUUAGUUCAUUUUUUGUUUUUAUGGACUUCACACCUAGGUGUCUAUACUAGUAGGCCUCUGGUCGUCCACCCCAUUCUCCUUUGGCCAUCUCUGUAUUUUGUCAGUAAACUUGUCCUCUUUUGCUUCUUGAACAUGGUCUCUGCUUACAACUCCAAGGUGAUGAAUGCCCACUUGUAAAAAACAAAUCAUUGAAUAAAACAAAGACCAUAAACCUACUCUGUUAUCUUACUUUUUUUUUAUAGACAUUGGAUGGUGAGUAGUCAGAUUUAUGAAGCAAUGCAGGAUGAUGGAAGGUUAGUUAAAGAAGUACCUGAUGGAAGUUUUGAGUGCUGGUUUAUAAGGGCCAAUACAGGAUUUGUGAAUGUCUUAUUUUAAGAUGUGUGGGGAAUAUAGGGAGAGAACAGCAUUUGGAGAUUGUGUAACUUUGGAUCUGUUUGUUGUACUUGGAAUAUAAGUGGAAGAAUCAGCAGGAUUUGUAGUUUGGAGUUUAUUCCCUGCGGCUAAAAUGUUGGGAGGAGUGGAGUAGUCAGCAGCAAUGAUUCAUCAAGCAGCACUAAAAACUCCAGGAUCAGUUUAGUUUCAAAUUGGGUUUUUGAAACUUGAGCUAAAGUCUUCGUGUCCAGCUCAGAGAAGAUACAGAUAGAAUAGAUGUGUGGGAGAUUAACAAUAUAUGUCGGUUCUGUUCUCAGUUUGAGACGACAAAUCAAAAUCCUGUAGUUUUGGACUUGGUUGCUGGUUCUUCAGGACAAUAGUUGUCCCUUUUGGAUUUUUUGGACUUGUGGGUAAAAAUACAUACUGAAGAAAUGGAGAGAGGAGCAGUGAUGUUGAUGUUGGUUCUGUUAGUUCUAAGCCCGUGGGAAGGCAUGGUUCGCACAGCCUCUGCUGCUCCUCCAGGCAGGCUCAUUUCCUCUUCAUCCUCUUCUGCAAAAUCUUAUGCCAAGUAUGCUGAUAUUAUCUUGAAUCCAAAGGAACUUAAAGGCUUUGUUUCAGAUGCUUUCGCUGCUCUACUCAAGUGGAUAUGGGCCUUUCCAAGCAAAACCAAAUCUGGUAGGCCCGUGCUACAGUUUGAGAGUGGGUACUCAGUGGAAACGGUCUUUGACGGGAGCAAGCACGGAAUUGAUCCCUAUUCCAUACAGGUUUCUCCAGAUGGCGAUUUACUUAUACUGGAUUCUGAGAACAGCAAUAUUCUUCGUGUCACCCCACCAUUAUCUCGCUACAGUAGAGCAAAAUUACUGGCAGGCUCCGCAGAUGGCUAUGCAGGACAUGUUGAUGGAAAACCUAAGCUGGCUCGACUCAAUCAUCCAAAAGGGUUCACUGUAGAUGACAAAGGAAAUGUGUAUGUUGCAGACACGAUGAAUAUGGCUAUCAGAAAGAUUGGCGAAGCAGGUGUCACCACCAUUGCUGGAGGAAGAUCUACUAAGUCAGGACACAUCGAUGGUCCCAGUGAAGACGCCAAGUUCUCAAAUGACUUCGAUGUUGUAUAUGUUGGCAGUACAUGUUCCCUACUGGUUGUUGAUAGGGGGAAUCAGGCUAUCCGUGAAAUUCAACUUAACUAUGAUGAUUGUGCAUACCAGUAUGGCAGCAAUUUUUCUUCAGGAAUUCUGUUUAUGGGGGGUGCAGCCUUAGUGGGUUACGUCCUAGCCUUAAUUCAACAAGGAGUUGUAACUUCUGUGUUUUCUCGACAGGAACAAAAAGACAAAUCCAACUCAAAGAAGUUGCCUGGUUCGAAAGCAGGGAAUAGAUCCUCAAUGUGGGUUGAUGAAGAUCAAGGAAAUGUAGAUGCUGGCUGGGUCUCAUUUGGAAAGUUCUUCAUAGAUGUUUUCAAGUCCAUAGGAGAAAUCAUUGGAGGUCUGUUUUCCUAUGUCACAGGUGGAUUUAGAAGAAAAUCUCCUCAUAAAAAGGGAAAUCUAUGGCCACUUCGGGAUAGUCUUAUUCCGGAAGAUGAUGAUAUUGAGCCGCAACUAACACCAAGGCGGAAGAGAUCAGUGACUUUUAGAGAGCCUGAAGUUGAUACUCCCAUGUCACCUCCUCUUUCAGCAGAGUCACGCAGUGGCGAUGGCCGACCCACAAGAGAAUACAUGAAUAGGUUCACCUUCAAUGGUUCUUUCAACAAUCGUCAUGAGCACUAUGAGGAUGAAGAUAGUCAAGGCCAUCUGAAACCAUUGAGACAUCAUUCAUCUGCUCCUGAAACCUAUUUUGAAAGGAAUUAUGAUUCCAGCAAUGAAGUUGUCUUUGGAGCUGUUCAAGAAACUGGAGAAAUAAAUGAACCGGUGGAGAUCAAACCUGUCGACUAUGGUGAUCCAAUGUAUGAUCAUCAUAACAUUAGGCAACGUACCAAUACAGGAAUGGGACAAUAUUAUAAUUACUGACCAUAUUGCAUAGAUUGUUUUCCAAGGAUAGGGUCCUUCAUUCUGCAAACUCCUGCUAUCUUUAAAAAUGCAGUGCAGCCGACUAUUUAUACAAGCGAAGAAUCUUUCAAGUAAAAUUAGAAGCCAGAAUGGCUGCAUUGAUUACUUUUAAAGCCAGGGUAUUUUUUUGAUUGUCCUAUAGCCCUCAAUUUCCAGCUUCAAUCUAUGUAUGUUAAUGUUACAUAUAUUAGAAGGAUUGGAUUUGGGUUUUUGAGUGGGGGAUUUUGGGGCUGGAUCUAUGUAAAUACGUAAAAGGUUUGUGGAGGAAUAUGAUAGAUUUUGUUACCUCAGGAAAUUGAUGAACCAAAUUGGCAUCGAACUCUAUGCAGUUCA